GACCGCGAAGCGCAGCCCGCCCUCAUCGGCGCGUGACUCCAGGAGCGUUACUGGUCGCCGUUUGGGUAAAAGCUGUCUCCCGGCAUCAGCAGAUUCACCAGCGCCGGCUCACCCCCCCCAUCCCCGUCUACUCAGGCAAGGGAAUUGCUCUGUGACCGGCGUCAGCAGAUUCGCCGGCGAUGGGGAAAACCUAUUUCUGCGAUUAUUGUGGCAGGUCGUUUCAAGAUAACCUCCACAACCGAAAGAAACACUUGCAAGGAGUUCAGCAUCAGAGAGCGAAGAAGUUCUGGUUCGACUGUUUCCGAGAUAGUGCCACAAUACUGGCAGAAGAACUUGCCAAAAAGCCUUGCAGAAAGUUUCUACAAUCAGGUCAGUGUGAUUUUGGUGUAAAUUGCAAAUUCUCCCAUAUGACUGAUGACGAUGUUCAGAAGCUGAGGCAAAGCGUGGAAGAAGAAAACAAAGUAGAACACGAUAACAGAUCCACCCCUGACAUUAAUGAGUGGUUGUUGAAAAGAGCAAAAAGGAAAGAAAGCAAUUCAAACAUCAGUGGUUCAGAAAUGGCAAAAGAGGUUGAUGAUGAACCUGUUGUUUACUGGCUACCUCCAGGAUAUCAAGCAGUUCAUGAGCUACCACCAUCUCUCCAUCCUCCACCUCCUGGAGGUUGGAAGACUGCAGUAAAUGUUGAAUGGGGUUAACAUCAGAAACAGUUUUUGUCAAUGGGAAAUUAAAAAAAUAUAUACUUGGAAUAAAUUUCAAUUAACUGUGGAA